GUCGGCCAAUGUUUGGUGCAAGUGUUUGUUCCUGUGAUUGCAAACUGCAUGAUCAUGACACAGCCGGACAAGCAGCGGCAGCAGCGGCAGCAGCAGCAGUACAGCCCGGCGUAGCGGCGCACGUGAAGGUCGGUCCGGACCUCAGCGUUAUCUGCCGCGGCGUUUUAUCUUGCUUGUGUCGUGAUGCUGGAGCCCCAGCCUCCUUAAGGCGAACCCCGGCGACGACCACGGCCACGAGGGGCUCCUGGCGCCGAGUUGCGAUGAGUGAGCGAACAAUGAAGGCUGCGGACCCUUACUGUGUGUCGGGUAUCGCAGCGAGGUCCGGCAGGCUGGCUGGUGGGUCUUGGCGGGAGGCGUGGACGUCUCGGAUGGUAUAAGCUACAGGGGCCGGGGAGAUAAGGAGAUAAGUGAGGUCGAGGGGCCGCGUGUGUAUCAGCGGCGGUGGUCAAGUGGUCAGCCAAGACAGCGGCGCACCAGUCCCUGCCGCGGCUGUGUAGGAGUCGCUCAAGACACGACGGCUGCUGCGUGUUGCUUUUGUCUCGCGAGGAACGUUUUGCAGGAUUCAGUGGUACCGCCUGAAGGCUGGGUGUCCUUAGAAAGCGUCGCGGGGUUUGCUGAGCCUUACAUGGCCUGAGGGAAGGAGCGACGCCCCCUUCCACCCCCGCCCCCCUCGUCAUCAUGGCCAGACCCACGGUGUGGCUGGCGCUGCUCCUCGCCACGUAUGUGUCCAGGACCGAGAGCCUGACGUGUGGGUCCAAUGAGUUCACCUGCCAGUCUGGGGACGAGUGUUACCCCGAGGAUUACGUGUGUGACGAUUUCCCGGACUGCGAGGACAAGUCGGACGAGGAACCCAUCUAUGACUGUAAGGCAUUUUUAGCGAAGGAUGAGCAGGAGGAGGCGGAGGUGCAGGACAUUGGCGGAGGAGUGGACGCCGGCGAGCCUGCUGAGGAGCCCGACCAGGAGGUAUCAGUGCCCGUGGAGCCUCCCGAGCAGUGUGCCCUCAGGAAGUGUGAAGCGGGUCGCAAAUUCAAGCUCGCGGACGGCCAAACCCUCUACUACACCUACGAGACCCUUACUGUUACCCAGCUCGCCGGCGCCGCUCCCUCCAACACCUCGCUCGCCAUCCGUGCAAACCUUGCCUUCACCGUCCUCACCGCCUGCGAGAUUGAGCUGAAGGUGCAAAACGUGGUGGUGGAGACGACGCGGAGUGACAGCGGUGGGCGUCUUGAGAACGUGGAGGACAACGCCUUCGUAUCCGCCGUCACCAAGAACCCAUUGAGAUUUGCGUACCAUGACGGGCUGGUGGAGGAGCUGUGUCCCGCCCCCGACGAGGACCCCAACGCCCUCAACUUCAAGCGGGCGGCUGUGUCCCUCCUGCAGAACACCAUGCCGCGUCUCGACCUGGAACACCGCACCACCGAGAGGGACGUGGUUGGUCACUGCAAGGUGGACUAUCAGGUGGAGGGAGUGGCCGGGAAGAGCUUACUGCUGAAGAAGACGCGUGACAUCCCCUCCUGUACCGCCCGCUCCUCCACCACCUCCUUCAUCAAGGGCGUCGAGUAUGACUUCGUGGGGGGCAUCCACACCCCUCCCCUGCUGGACACGAGUAGCGAGUGCAUGCAGGAGGUGGCCGAGGGGCGCGUCCAAGUUUCCAGCUGCAUUGAGGUCCACCGCCUGACGCCCUUCAGCUCGGAGCACGGCGGCGUCAUCACCACCGUCACGCAGAACCUCAACUUCACCCACCGAUCCUUCUCCUCCGCCAAGAUGGGCAGUGUCCACAGCCGCACCAACCUCCUGUACGACUACCACACCCACGGCCACGACGACGACGGGGCCACUGACGAAGGGGCAGCCGAUGCUCAAUUCUGGCGGGCGCACUCCACGCAGAUCCUCGACAAGAUUGCGGAGAACAAGCAGAGAGACGGCGAAGGUGUGGCCACGGACGCCCCUCGCCUCUUCCUGGAGCUGGUUCAGACACUGCGUCACCUCAGCUACACCGAACUGUGGGCCAUCAGCGAGGAGAGGGACUGGGGGCUCGAGCGGUCCGUGUUCAAUGACGCCCUUCCGAUGCUGGGUACGGGCGGCGGCGUGGGCGUCAUGCGUGAUCUCAUGACGCAAGACCACAACAAUAUCCUUACCAACACCUGGCUCACCUCGCUCUCCUUCAUCCCCAGACCCGACCUGGACACCAUCAUCCAGGCGGCGCCGCUGCUGGAGGUGGAGAAUGUACACGCUGACGCCUUCCUGGGUGUCGGCUCCCUGGUACAAGCAUACUGCCGCGACCACCCGACCUGUACCGACGCGCCGCCCGUCCUCAGGGUUAUGGACACACUCAAGGGCUUCAUCGAGGACUCUUGUCGCCGGCAGACCUCGGAAGAGAAGAUCCAGGUUCUGAUGGCACUGAAGGGGAUCGGAAACGCGGGCCUGGCUGUUACGGAGGCGAUCCCUGAGAGCCUGACGCAGUGCUUCUUCGACGAGACCAACGAAAACGAGAUUAGGUUGGGCGCUAUCACGGCCUUCAGGCGAUUCCCUUGCGAGGUCUCGAGACUCCCGCUGCUAAGGCUCUUCAAGGACCACACUCAAGACUCCGAACUGCGCAUCGCCGCCUACCUCGAACUCAUGCGUUGCCCAGACUUCCAGGUGGUGAGGGUGGUGAAGGAGGCGCUGCUCAACGAGGAGGUCAACCAAGUUGGCUCCUUCGUGUGGACGCACCUCGAGAACCUGCAGGAGAGUAGCUUGCCCUCGCGCGCGCACCUGCAGGGCCUCAUCUCCAACGAAGCCAUCGCCUCCAAGUUCUCGCCCGACGUCAGGAAGUUCUCAAGAAACGUGGAGCUUUCUGGGUUCUACGACCUGCUCAAUGCCGGCGCCAACGUGGACGCCAACGUUGUGUUCUCCCAGGAGUCUUACGUCCCACGCUCAGCGACCUUCAACUUCACCACGGACCUCUUCGGCCACUCCCUCAACCUUCUCGAGAUCGGCGCCAGGAUCGAGGGAUGGGACCGCGAGCUGGAUUCCCUGUUCUUCCGCUCUCCUCAAGGCCCUGAAGACCCUCCGCUGCCCAACCCGAAGCUCCGGGAGAUCAUAUCGAGAACCGGGAGGAAGCAGAAACACAUGGGGAAGGAGGCUGAGAUCUCUUUCCACAUGAAGACCUUUGGCAAUGAGAUGUAUUACCGCCACCUGCACGGCCUUCAGGAGGUGGUUCGCGCCCUCAACACGCUCAACCCGGCGGAGAGGAUACGAAGACUCAACAGUGGAGAGGACAUUAACCUUCAGAAGUCCUGGCUGGCCGUCGAGUCCGCCUACAUUAUCCCAACCACCGCCGGGAUGCCGCUCAACCUCAGUGUCACCGCCAGCGUGGCCCUCGACCUGCACGCCAGCGGCAAGAUCGACAUAUUCAACAUUCUACAGGGUCACGGCGGCAUCAGCGGAAGACUCAAGCCUAGCGUCGGGGUGGAAGUGGUGGGCUCCAUGAUAGUAGACGGUCACGUGGCGCAGUCCGGGGCCCAGCUGGUGUUCCUGCACUCCUCCACGGUGGUCGAGGGAAGGUUCGACGUCAACGGCUCCGAGCUUGUGCGGGUGGACCUGACCAUGCCGAGGGACAAGAUGGACAUCGUCAAUAUAUCGUCGAGUCUGGUGCUCAUUCACGGGUCGGCCGAGGCAGCGGUGCAGAGGUCCCGCGAGGAGCUGGAUGGCGUGACUAGUGACCGCAUGGAGCUGGUCGGGUGCUCAGGCUACCAGGACACGUUGGGGGCGAAGCUGUGUUGGAAUGUGCAGUACCCAAAUGCCUCCCGCGUGCCCGAGAGCCCCUUCUUCCCGCUGACAGGCCCCGCGCAGCUGCAAGUAGCUCUCCAUAAGACGGACCCGACACUCACCACCUACCAGAUUCGGUACACGUGGGAGAGGCGAGAGCUGUACCGUACCUUCCUGCUGUCAGUGAACACGCCGGGCACAGCAACGCCUCGGGAACACAGCAUCAGCUACAACGUCAACUUCGGGUCCCAGAACAUAUACCUUGACCUGCACUCCCCCCAGGCCAACGUGUCCGCGAGAGGUCGGUACGUGGAUGGCGACAGGGAGCGAAGGGCAGACCUCAGCAUCGACCUCAAUGGGCGGGAGGUUGCGACGCUGACGGCCGGCCUCUCCGCCCACAGCAAGCAGGGCAGAAACGUGUUCAGGCCCAUCUUCACCGUCACCUACCGCGGCCAGGAUGCCAUCAAGGUCACAGGCAUGGUGGACCGGCGCCUGAACAGCAACACAGAGCUGCUGGAGGUGGACUUGCAGGUGAAGUGUAUGUUGCCCAGAGAGAAUGGCGGCUGGACGAUGGCCGCCGGCACCGUCAAGGGCGACAUGACCUUCAGUGAGGGGGAGUUGACCGGCAGGUUGGAGGCUCUCUACAGACCGUCGGAGUCAUCACCAGAGGAGAGCAUCAAAACAGAAUACCGGUGGGCCAAGUCACUCUCAGCCGCCUCGGACAUCAAGACGGAACUCAGUGUCCGAUUCUUCUUCUCACAGUUUCCAAAUAUCAACUUUGAGGGGCAGCUGCUGAGAAGGGUACAUUUUGGGACAAGGGAAAACAGCAUACAGCUUAACUUUGGAGAGAACUUUGAGGAUACAAAUUACCGUGUUGAUAUCUACGAGGCCUUCACCUACCACAAGACUGACACCUCCACGACCUUCAACUUCACCACCAGUGUUAAGCAACGUGUACGAAACCUCGACUUAAAGUUCGGAGCAGAUUGGUACCGAGACAAAUACGUCCACAACACGGGGGUCCUCAUCCAGUACGCCACAAAUCGCCAGAUUGAGUCACGGCUGCACAUGGAAUGGAAACCCCUUGGACUGACGGACACAGAAGGCUCCUGGUUCCUGAAGAUUCCCGGCAGAGUUGACUUGGAAGUUGAGGGUCACGUUAAGGAAAGCGUUGCAAAAAAGUAUACGUUUGAAGUUGAAAUCAAGUCUGGACAAAACUGGCGACUAGAAGCAAGUGGCACAUACAAUGACCACUCAACCCUUCUGGAGCAGCUGCACAACCUCCAGCUGGACCUGAGCCUCCCCUCCUACGGCCUCACCAGGAUCAACAUGACCGUCCACUCCAACAGCAAGAUAAUGAGCCUUAACACACACGUCUUGACAAAUGACGGGAUGAAGUACGAAGUGAUGAUCGCCUAUGAGCAGAAGAUGGACCACAUGCAGGCACAAGAACACAUCCUGCACCUAGAGCUCCACAUGCCCAACAAGCUCUACAUCCUCAACACCGCCAUCAGCCUCGGCACGGUCAUCACCUUCACAAGCGAACUCCACCUCGACAGACACCGGGACAUCCACAUGAGUCUGACGGCAGAUAUUCUACAGCCAAGAAAGACUGGUCUGCAGGUCCUCUUAAAAUGGGAUGCUAACAGGGACCCUAAUCAGAAGAUGCUGAUCGAGGCACUCUACGCCAAUCCAAAUGACCGAGUGUCCAACUUCACCCUGAAUGGCCUCAUGUUCUUCCUGGGCCAGCAGUAUCGAGUCAACUGGAUGACUGAGAGGAGAUUUGAAUACAUCGAGAGCGACAUGAUUUGGGAGAACAGGAACGAAGGAGCAUUCAGCUGGAUGGAACAAAACGGCCACCAGCAAGAAAUCGCAGCCAACAUGACCAUACGCUUCAGACGUGGCGACACUGCUGAGCUGUACGGCAUGUUUGACCUGGCCACGCCCUUCCCUCACUGGAACAAGAACUUCCUGGAAAUAAAAUACUUCCGAAAUGCAGAUCAGAUAGAGGGCAAGCUGAAGGCAAACUGGCAUGAGGGAGAGUACAUCGACCUGCACCUCAACGCCCAAAAGCAGAUCCAAGGCAGCAACUUUAGAAUAGAAACGAGAGUGGACGUGAACUCCUCCUUUGAAGGCCUCGUCAGUGCCAGUACUGGAGUUUGGGUUGAGAAGAAACUCGGUGUCAUUGACUCAAACUUUUAUAUACAGUGGGACAGGGAUAGACUGGAGGUCACACUUGAAGGGAAGGACGACAGCGUGGGAAUGGAGACGAGAUACUCACUGUUUGGACAAAUCCUCACCACUAUUGAAGGCUACCGAGAAAUGUCCUCAGCCCUUGACCUGAUCGUUGGGCCGAGCAGCACCGACGUCCAUGCCACUGCAAAAUGGGAGGGACAUUUUUAUAAGGUCACAUUAAGUGGUACCACGUAUAACAGCCUGGAGUACCUUCAUGUGAGGGUUGACGUGGAGGAGCUUCACCAACAAAAGCAACUGGUGACAGCUUCUAUCCGAGUGUAUCACGACCCAACCACUCUGGAGGAAAAGCUUACGAUUGUCUUGAAGUGGCCUGAGGAAGAGGUUCACGUGGACGGCCAGGUGGUGACGCUGCCGCACCGGUUCAAGGCCGGCAUAGAGGUGGACACGACCUUCGAGGAGCUGGAGCGGGCAGUCAUUGUCAUUGGCUUCACUAAGGACUCCAUCAUGAAGACUGAGGCCAGGAUUCAGUGGAACGACAAUGUUGAUGCAGGGUUUGAGCUUCUGGGCCAGGUGACGUCCCUCUCAGACUUCACCAUAAGCUGCACCCUCCUCACACCUUUCUCAGGGUUAAAGGUCGUAAAGGGUGAACUGAGGAACCUCUUCAAGCUGCAGCCAGAAGUCCGUGUCCACUCCAGGGUCUACGGACAGUUGGGAGAGAAGAAGUAUGGGCUUGGGGCGCGCUACGAACAGGGUCAGUUGCCUCGUCUGCGUGUGGCCCUGGAGCUGUACACCCCACUGCCCGAGCUCCACACUGUCUUCCUCGACCUAUGUGAUAACUCCACUGCUACGGAUGUGAAAUAUGACCUCACCAUGAAGUACGGGCCCACCAAACACCUCGGGAUUAACGUGGAUAUGAAGAAAACAACUGAAGGGGUGGAGGGGCAGGCAAUGGCCACCUUACCUCUGCAUUCUCUUGGUGAGCACUUGGAGGACGCCACCCUCAAGGCCUCGGGGAGCUUCUUCUGGACGCCUGAACCAAAGCUGGACCUCACCUUGCUCUCCCAGUCCUCCACUCUCACCAAGGUGGAGGUGAAGGCCACCUUUCAACAAGAGGAAGAGGGGAAGCUGCAGUUAACCCUUACAACACCAGUGAGGGGUUAUGAGAGCCUGGACCUGGCCAUUGAGUAUCGUCUUCCCAUUGAUGAGCGGACCGGAUACUUUGAUGGACGACUGAACACCCCGCUCAACACUGUGUUCCACCUGACUGGCACAGGAACAACCAAGGACUUAUCAGGAUCAUUUGCAACACCAUAUGAGCCUUUCAGAAACGGGACAUUCGUGUGGAGGAUGACAGCUCUUGACGUUGUAAAGUCUCGUUUGGUGGCAAAGUUUGGAUGGGAGGAGAAAAACAUUGCCCUUGAUGCUUCAGUCAAAUUCCAGCAGCAGUUUAUUCAGAUGUUGGAAGGAACGCUGGAGACCCCUUGGGAAGAUUUGGGUCAUUCGAGCAUUCGCCUCGUGGGUCAGCCCCAAGAGGGAGGCUACAAGAACCAGGUGGUACUGCGCGGCGUGGGGACCACCUACCGCGGACACCUCUUCUGGAAAUACCGCGAGGAGAAUGACUGGGAGGUGGACAUAGAGGUUGAGCCGGAAGACAGAGGACACGGAGGAAGAUACACGCUACAGAUGGCACUGACCAACCUGGAGCGUCGGCCCUUCAAGCUGGCUCUCCACAUGAGCACACCGCACCAAGGCUUCCGGAACUUUGAUUUUGACUUGCUGCUCCAGCGGUCACGGGCACCCUACAGCAUACAGGUUGGAUGGGACUUCCCUGUGGGUGCUGGCAGUAUUGAAAUUGACCUCACUCAGAUCUCCCUGAAUAAGGUGGAGGGAAAGGUGUCCCUGGUGCUGGGGAGGCAACAGGGCGCACACACCUCCUACACGGUGGAUCUCAACCUCUCCAGCGACUCAACACAGGACUUGAUUGAUGUUGGAGGAAGUUUUGAGUUCAAGAGCAAUCAUGACUAUUGGGACCACCUUGUGUUGAGAGGGAAAGUACGGCAGAUCACAUCCGACCCGGGAGAGCUGAGUCUGUACCUGCUGUGGCCGAGGCUUGACCCCAUCACCUUCACUGCACGCGCCGAGCACCAGGACACAGGCCACCACCUCAUCAUCAAGCCGCUCAUCUCCUUGAACCUUACCAGGGCUCACUACAGCUUUGAUGGAGAGAUGCUCAAGCAAGGUCAGCAUCUCAACCUGACAGGAAAGCUGGACUGGGAGCGAGAGACAUCCGGGCCCCAGCAGGUGGUUCUUCACGCCAGCCUGGUGUCCAACCAAGGCACUGUGACAGGCCACAUGACAUUCAGCCUGCCCAUGGUGGAGGGCUGGGAGAACAACAAGGCAGACCUGUUUUAUGAGACCCGAGAGGAGAGACAUUGGUUCAAAUCAUCUAUGGUGACCGGGUCAGAGGUCACAACAGUCUCAGGCAACAUGUUAGCUCGAGGGUUCCCAGCCACCGAGGGCACCGUCACGAUCACCUCCACCAUGAAGUGGGAGAAUGAGCCGCUAACCUUUAACUUCAAGCAGGAUCUCAGCGACAUUGGUUACGAUGGGGACUACUACCUUGAGUGGCCCACCCGAGCCAACCACACCCUGCCCUGGAAGAGGAACCCUGUGCAGGCCUCCCUCAAGCACCGGUUCCUGGAGGCCGGCCAUCGCGGGACCUUCCACAUCACCUCAAACUUCACCAAAAAUAAGCCUGUUGAGAUUGAUUAUGGAUUUAAGUUCCCAGCAACGGGUGAUGUGACGGUGGAGCUCGGGGCCGCCUAUGUAGCCUUCAAGGUCAAGGUGAAGGUGGAUCGUGUCACGGCAGUGCUGGCGGAAAAUGUGGUCAAGCAGCGAACAUCCUUUGAGUUCAUAAACAUCUUGUGGCCCUUCGGUGUGGCCUCAACCAAGGAAACCAACCUGAAAAGUGAUACAGAGGUGGAGACAACGAGGACGCUGGAGCUGUAUGACCUGGACGAUGUGUCACGCCGCAUCACUCUCACGCUGAUCCGCAACACAGCGCAGGCCAGCAGGAACUCUGUGAUCAAAGUGAAAGCCUUUGGGCGGGAGAUUUUUGUCAACAUGGGCUACGACCUCACUCCCGGAAACUUCAUCAUCAGCUUUUUCAUCACGUGGGCCGAGAACAGGAAGAUUGAGUUUGAUUUUAGCUGGAGGGAUGUAUCAAAGGGGUUUUCGAAGGAGCACAUCCUGAAGGGGAAGUUUUCGCAGCCCUUCCGGACGGUACUUCUGGAUGGGUACUACAUGAGGAAUGCCAAAAAUAUCACCGCCUUUGUAAAAUUCAACUGGAAUGGUACUAAUCCAAGUGACGGAGAAGUAGCAAUAGGACGACUGCAAUGGACUGAUGAAGGAACCUGGAACACAAAAACUUACAAGGCGUUAGUCAGCUUUUCGCACCCGCAGCUGGAAAAGGACAUUGGGAUCAGAGGAGAGUAUCGUCGGAACAGCCUCGAGGAACUGACUCUUGAUGGACAGUUGGAGUACUCGCCAGACCCCCAGAAGGACUUGAGGCUGGAGGUGGCGCUGCUCAGAGAUAAGAGCCGCCAGGAUGCUGUGGUCAUCAACGAGAAGGCUGUGCUCACCCAUCCUGCUACCAAUCUGACUCUGAAGACCAAUGGGAGCCUGGCAGUGAACAAAGUGAGGUGUGCGCUGGAGCAAGACUUCCUCUACACCAGCGAGUCCAGCCACCCUCACUCGGCACACCUGGUCAGCAGCAUCGACCUGGUCCAGAAGACACUCCAAGUCACGCUGGAGACCUGGAGGAAGCUGCUGGACGUGCUGGUGGAGGUGAAUCAGCAAAGUGACAGUCAGUGGAGUGUUGCCACCACGCGGUACCCCGGCCAGGAGACGCCGCUCCUCACCUUCGUGGAGCUCCACCCGUCACACAAAAUCAUCACCGUAACGUUUGACAACCUCCUCUCCAAUGACACGACGUAUGAAGCCGACUUUCCAAGAUACAUAGCGGAGCAAGUGAUUGUCGAGGGUGGUCUUGAGGACCUCCGUAACGUCAGGUUCUCCAUGAAGCAUUUACGCCCCAGCUGGCUGAGCAGCGGUCAGCAGCAGCAACAGCAGCAGCCAGUGUGGGUUCAAGAUGCAAAUUUCUUCUUCCGCCUCAACAACUCUCGACUCCUCACAUCUCGCUUUGACUGGAGGCCAGAGAUCAAAGAAGAGUUGAUGAAUGAGAUUGGUGAAGCCAUUGGGGCUUCACAUGACUUACGAAGAACCACAAAAGAGUGGCUUCGGGUAACCUUGCAAAAUGUAGGAAGGGAAUCAGUUUCCAGGGCCAAACCAAUUCUGGAAGACAUGGUUGAGUAUAUUAAGCCUGUUAUCUUUGACUUCAGAAAAGAGUCAGGAGAGUUUGUCUCGGAUAUGUGGCAACUCUACAACAGCAUCAACUCAACCGCCCUGGAGCUGAGGAUGCGGGAGUCGGUGCAGUUCAUCGUCCCAACCAUCCUCAAGGCCCUGCAGGAAAUCCCAGCGGUUCAGAGAGUGAAGGCAAGGCUGGCCAAGGGAGAGCUGCGAGGACAGCUUCGUGCGUAUGUGCAAAAGCUUCGAGACUUCCUCCAGGAUAUAAUCUCUGACCUGAAGGGAUCUGGCUUCAAGGAAAAGCUGAGGACUCUCUCAAUCCUGCUGGCUGAAAAAUAUGACCAGUAUGCAAAACACUUGUACCUGCGAGCCAGGGAGUCCAUCCAGGCUUUCACCCAGCGCUUGGGAGAAUGGUUCUACGUCAAGUGGCGAGCCGUGUACAACAACUACAAGCCUCACAUCCUGCGGACAUUUGAUGACGUGGAGGCAAAUGCUUGGAAGUUAGCUGAAAACCUCAUUGGAUGGAUGAGGAGGCUUGGGUUUGAGAUCAAAUCCUCCUCCUAUUAUCAGCGAAUACAAGAACUCGUCACCUACUUGGAGAAAAUUUAUAAGGACUUUUCUGAAAAGUCCAAGCGAGAGAAUUUGGAGGAGUAUUACACAAUGCUGGUUGAGAAGGUGAAGACGGGAGUAAAGGCUUUCCUAGACCUGGUGGCGCCAUUCAUGGAAGACUGGGGUGGAGAGCUUGAGAAAGCUUGGAACUCUCUCAUGCAGUUUGCACCGGCCCGGAGGCUGAAGGAGGCCGUGGUUGUGGCCAUCAAUAAGGUCAUCUGGACGGUGAAGUAUGUGGACGUCAGUGGCCAGCUGAUGGAUGCCACGGCCUUCCUCCUGGAGCACGGCUGGACCAUCUUCACCCAGACCGGUGUUGAGGUCUCUCAGAAGUACAUCAGGGCCAAGACUAUGUUCAGGUGUUCACCAGAGAAGGGAGAGUUGGAGAUGGUCCAGAAGCUGCCUCUGGACUGGCAUGCAUUUGACCACAGACCCAGCUGGAAGGACCUGCCUGAGUACAGCAGAGUGGCGAGGGUGUUCAACUUCUUUUCCUCCUCCUCCAAUGCCACUUUGCUCAAGUUUUGGCACAAGAUGAUCAGGCUGCGCUUCUCCCCUGACAAUUUCCUCCCACCAUUCAGAGCCACCGGAUACAUGAUUGGAGAGCAGCACUUCAUCACCUUCGACCAGCGGCACUUUGAGUACAAGGGGCGGUGCCAGCACCUCCUCGUGGCGGACAUGGUGGGGGGCCAGUGGGCCGUGUCGGUCAACUACCACCACCACUCCUCCCGCACCAUCAUCAUAUAUGUUCACGACACAUACAUUGAGAUAGCAAAGGAUUUCAGAGUCUCCGUGAAUGGUCAGGCCACAGAGCUGCCAGUCAGUGUUUCGUCUGUCUCCGUGCACCGCAGUCUUCAUGCUCUCCACGUGGUCAGUCACCUCUAUGGCUUCGGAGUGAACUGGAACCUUGCCCAGGAUGUGACAAGCAUAACCCUUCAUGGCUCAUACUUUGGGAGGACGGGAGGACUUCUGGGCCUGUACAAUUAUGAGCCCUACGAUGACUUCCAGCUCCCUAGUGGAGAGUUAACAGAUGACGGGACGCUGAUGGCGGAGAGUUGGGAUGUCAGUCGUGGCCAGUGUUUGUCCUCCGGUAACAUUGGACGGCUGCCCUCAAAGGUUCCUGUUGAGGCCUGCACACACCUGUUCCAGAGCACAGGAUCUCCUCUGAAAGGCUGCUUCUCAGAGGUAGAUUCCAAACCAUACAUGGACAUGUGUCAGGUGGACUCCCGGACACAGGCGCCCACGGAGCGCAACACUUGCAACGCUGCCGCUGGAUACAGGGAGGCCUGCUCCGCCAACAGCAUCCCCAUCAAGAUUCCUUCAUACUGUGUCCAGUGUGAGUACGUGAACAACGACAUGCAGCGCUUCACCCUGGAGGAAGGCGUGCCGAUCGUGUUGCAGGAAAAUGCCAUCCUCAAAUCCACUGAUGUUGUCAUUAUCCUUGAGGCUCAACACUGCAACUCAAUCCUUGCUGAGAAAAAGCCAAUCAAUCGCUUUGCCACCUUCAUCAAGGAACUGAAUGAAGAACUAGUCAGCAGCGGCCUUCAUCAUAUAAGGUAUGCCAUGGUGGUGUAUGGGGGAGAGGCACCCUUCUCCAUGCCAGUGGUUGCAACCGUCGACAACCAGAUCUUCACUGAUGCCAGCAACAUUGACAAGGCUCUACAGCAUGUUACAUUCAUGCCUGAAGACUACAGUGAAGACAGUUUCAACUCCUUUGAUGCAUUCUUGGCCUACUCAUUCGCUGCGAGCCUCAACUUCCGGGCCGGAGUCACCAUCACCUUCAUCCACUUCCCCUGCCAGUCCUGCCUGCCACUCAUCCCCUCGAUGGAGUACAGCACCAUGUACCACAUCCUGCUGGAGUACUCCGUCACCCUGCACGUCUUCAAUCAAGAACUCUUUGACAUUCCAAAAGCCAGAGAGAAAAAGAAGUUAUUAGGUAUUGAUCGGGACCUGGCCUACACGGUGAAGGACACGCGGUCAUCGGGUCUGAGGGGAGACCGAGCACUCAAGUCCCAAGUGCCGGUACCCAAAGACAAGCUGGGAUUCUGUGCACCUCUGGCUCACCAGACCAAUGGCACAAUCUUUACAUCUGCUGCCCUUGUCUCGCCAAAAAGACAGUCAUCGAGGCCCAACAGGAUCAAGAAGAAGAUUCAGAAACUUGCCAUUGUGUUUGGCAGACGCAUGGCCGCAACCGCCUACCCCCAGGAAAAGAAGAGAUGUGUUUGCAUUCCAAGGGAGCCAGAGGGCGGUGGUAUUAUUGAGUGUGACAACUGGGGCAGUGGACCUCUUGCUAUUCUGAGAGACUAUGGUUAUGACACUGACAUCUCCUUCUCACCUGAGACCAACAGUCGGGAAGCCGGGUCCUGUGUGGAGCGUGGUCCUGAUGGCAUGUGUCUGCGGCCCAUGGACCACUGACAGGCUGUGUAGCUCCUCCCUCCACACCUGCUCAGCCGGGCGUGAAACUACCAACCACAACGGUCUUGCUGGCAGGCGACCAGCGCUGAGACGGUGCUGUGGCCGGACACACUCGGCACCGGUGAGAGGUUGUGUAGAGGACCACUAACCAAUGACUUAAGUCUAGUGUACGGCUUAGUCCUGUAGCUGAAGAGUUGUAUGAGGAUGACUUAAGAGCAGCAUAGUGGCAGCAUUAGUGUCAAAUUAUUUAUGAUAUAUGUUGAUCAGCUAUGCUGCUUUGUUGUCUGCAAUGCAUUCUAAUUUAUUACUAUUUGUUCAUGAUAGUCUAAGUAAUAAUCACAUCUCUCCCAAGUUGAUGUUGCAAAGUGUCAAGCAACUGGUGUUGCAGUUCAUUGCAAGACUUUGUCCAAGCCUCACUCAUGCCUCUCUGUAGAUACAGUAGUGUAAUGCAAACCUGCAUACUAAGUUUGUGUUGUUUGUACUAAUGUUAAUAUUUGUUAUAUUUUUAAUACUCAUUUAGAAUGAACAAUUAUUUUUGAAGUAUUUUAGCAUAUUCACAUUGGAUUAUUCAUAGUAAUAGAUCUCUACUUAAUGUCUGUGUAUUUAAAAGUAAAAUUAUCUUUUAAAUUGUGAAGUAGAAUAUGUAAGUAAAACUUAAAUUUUAA